AUGACGGAUAAACUUCCCCCUCCAUUGUUGGCUCUGUUCCAACCACGCCCACCCCUUCGCUACAUCCCUCCCAGCGACCGCGCUCCGGAAGACUGCCCGAAGAGCACCAUCUCUGGUGUCGCUCAGUUUCUCCCCGAAGCGAAGAAUUUCGAAGAAGAGGCGCCAUACAAUGCGACCGAAAGCUGGCUGCAGCGCAAAUGGCGCCAAAAGGUGGAGAAUAAGGAAAGGCUAGAGAAGCAGGUGACAGAAGGCUUGCAAACCUUUGACCCCGAGAAGGACCCCCAAGCUCGAGGUGACCCGUACAGGACUCUCUUUGUUGCUCGGCUCAAUUUCGAAGUGAAAGAAUCGGACCUCGAGCGAGAGUUCGGCCGAUUCGGUCCCAUUGAACGUUCUGACGAAUUUCUCCAGAUUCGUAUCGUCAAAGACACUGUCUCACCCAAGGCAGCUAAAAGACCAAACAAAGGUUACGCAUUCAUCGUUUACGAACGUGAGAAAGAUAUGAAAGCGGCCUACAAAGAAACGGAUGGAAUCCGUAUCAAGGAUCGACGUGUUCUAGUCGAUGUGGAACGUGGACGCACGACUAAGGGCUGGAAGCCUCGUCGCUUUGGUGGCGGUCUAGGAGGCCGUGGAUACACCAAGGCAAUGCCAAUCCGUCCUGGUGGCCCUGGAUUCAAUGCUCCAUCUGGACCUGGUGGCUACGGCGGCGGCUUUCGGGGUGGCUUUGGCGGUGGCAGAGGCUUCCGUGGAGGAGGUGGUGGUGGUUUCCGUGGGGGAGGUGGUGGCUUCCGUGGCGAUCGGUUCGGUCCUCGAGGAGGAAUUGGUUACCAGGGAGAUCGUAAUGGAUUUGGCGGACAGCCACCACCCAAUGCCCCCUCGGGCCCUGGUGGUGGCCGCAGAGGAGGUGGCGAAUUUAGAGGAGGUUCUCAUGGUGGUGGUGAUAGAGGAGACAGGUUCGAUCGAGGUGCAACUGGUAGCAAUCGAGAGCCUGUACGGCCCCGGGAUGGUCCCCCAGACCGGGAUCGUCGUGACGACCGAGAUGGUGAUCGUUACAGAGAUCGUGACCGCCGCGACGACCGCAAUGGAGACCGUUACCGAGACCGUGAGCGCGACAGGUAUGCUGGCGGCCGGGAGGAUUAUGGACGCAAGCGACACCGAGAGGACGAUGGCCACGACGACCCUCGAUCCCGGAGACGUUACUAA